AUGCGUGAAGAAUGUGAGAUCAGCGAGCGUCAGAGAAAAUUAAAUAUUGUAAAAAAUUUACAUGAAAAAGAUAUUCGGACAGCUGAAGCUCAUGUUCCAUUGUGUAUUUUAGAAAUAGACAAUAAAUUCAAUAUAACAAAAGAAUGGUAUGCAAACUGGUUACAACCGAUUAAUAAGGCUGUUGCAAAUAAAGCAAUAGCAAGAUUCUGGGAAAAUAUGGACUGUAAAACAUUUGAAGAAUUGUCUUGUGUAAUUUGUUCUGCUAAUGUGAAUUUGGAAAACCCAGCUUUUGAAAUUAAUUUUGCAUAUAAACAUCCUUACAUCAACAGAAGUAGUUAUAAAGUCUUGUUAGAUAGAAAUGGAUUUGUCAAAAGAAACAAUAAUAAUGCUAAAAACCCGUUUGAUCUUCAAUGGUUAAUGAAUUAUAACAUUCUUUAUAAAGAUAUUAGACUUGAUAGAGCAAUGCUAGAAUCUUUACCAGAGAAUAAAAUACCAUCUACUCUUUUAGUGACAACUGUAAUGGCUGAUAUUGAUCCUAAAAAAAUAGAACAUUAUACUGGAUAUACAGUAGAUCUAGUUGAUAGAAUAGACACAGAUGAUGGUACAGAUAGUGUAAAUAGUAAAGAAUCAAAUAACAAAGAAAAUAGACCUAAUUUAUUUAAUUGUAUUAAUGGUAUAACUGAAUUAAGAAAUUCAGAUAUGAGUUAUACAGAUACUCUCAUAUCAGAACAAGAAUCAACUAAUAAUAAACAAGAAUGUUCUAAUACAAUUUUAAUGCCACAUUCAAAUAUACCUAAAAAUAAAUAUAUGGAUCCGAUGCUUUUGCCUGCUGCAUUUCCUACAUUGUUUCCUUAUGGAGUUGGUGGUCAUGAAGAUAAUUUUUACAAGCAAUAUGUACCAUUUAAGCAAUAUGUUGAGCACUUAUUAUGUCUUUGUGAUCCUAGAUUUAGAUAUCAUUUAAACUUUGAACAAUCAGCUAAAUUAAUAUUCAAACUUACAAUAAAUGAUAUAAAAUUUGUAAUAGAACAAGAGCAAAAUAAGCAACUAAUAACAAACAAAGCUGUAUUAGAAUUGUUAAAAAAUAUGAACAUUGUUGGUAGAAAAAUUAUAGGCUUACACCAAUCACAAAACUUUCUCUGUAAUAAAAUUCAUGUUGUUAUAAUAUGGAAUAGUGCUCUAUUAUUAUUUGUAAUUAUAAAUCCUGCUGAUCUACAUAGCUCAAUUAAAGAGCUAGAUUGGCACCUUGAUCUAACUGUGAUAGCAAAGUAUUUUAAUGUCAUGAUAAAUAAAAUAAUUAAGUUUAUUCUCAGUUAUAAAAACCCAGAAGGUGGUGUAUUAGGUAAAAUAAAAAAUUAUUAUGGAGUUAUAAAAUAUCAAGACUAUGGUACACCUCAUUGUCAUAUGUUAAUUUGGCUUCAAGGUGUCUUAAAUCCUAUCGAACUGCGGAAUUGUCUUAAAAAUAAAGAGUUUAAAAAAUAA